AUGUUUGUCUCUCGUGCCGCUCUCCUUACCAUCGUCUUUGGCUCCCCUCUCCAGCAUGGGUUUGUCGUGGGCAUGCUAUUAGGCUUGUUGCUCAUUGCAUUGCUUUAUAUCAGCCGUUACGUCUUGUCUCCUCUUCAGAAGAAAGCGCUCGCAGCCAAAAGCAAAAUCAUACCAAACUUUAUUCCACCAGACUACUUUCCCCCAAUCCAGUUUCGCAACGGUUCGAAGAAUCUAGGGAUAUUCGAUUCGAUCAUCACGUUCAGUCAAUACGGCCCCAAUGACUUGGAGUUCACAGAUUACGACCGUCUGGCCCACACGUACAGCUCUCCGAAAUUCUCUUCUAUAAUUGAUAUUGAAUUGAUCUCGUCAUUGAAACGAACCGGUCGAGUGAUCCGCAGCUUGAAUGAUCACCUUCAUACGCUGGGCAUCGAUGGCUUCAAUGCGAUGCUGGUCUUUGUGUUUCAGAUGAUUCAAGUUACAAGGUUGUUGACCAACUCAGCAUUGAGCCAUCACGAUGAACUCAUCAAUGGUUUCAACCAGAGCAUUCAAAAAAUCGAACAAGCCAGGACCGAAACAAGUCAGCAGCAACGACGUUUACUCGCGCAGCUCCAACGAUCGGUCGAUCUUGCGUUUGCCGUCCGGUCAGGCUUGGAGCGUUGGCGCAGACAGUUGAAAUUGUACGGCAUCAACGUUCUCAGCACCCAGGCAUUCGAUCAAUCUGGCGGGAUGGCGCGCAGUUACCUACAAGAUAUGGUUGCACAGGCCUUGGAUUCUCUACUGGUGUCCAAAGAACACAAAGAAGGACUAUUAGUUGCAAUGCGCGAGGAUCAAAAGAGACGCUUUAAUGAUUGA